UCCACGCUCCAUCCAACCCAAUCUCAUCUUAUCACUCUAUCACGUACUUCUCGUUCUUCGUCAUCUCACCACCACACAUUCUGUUUGGUUAAACUGUCACUCUUCCUCAUCUCUCUCUCUCUCUCUCUCUCUCUUUCUCGUCUCUUUCUUUUGGGUUCCUUUCGUUUCUUUGUUUCUCUUAAACCGCAUUACCCAAAUUCUCAGUUUCUGGUGGAAGUCUCGGUCUUUAUUCGAAUCUUCCCAGGAUUUUUCCCUGAUAUCUUACUCGGUUUCUUUCAUUUUCCUCUGAUUUUGUUUCUUCCCCGUUAAAGUUUCUGUCCUGAUUUGAUUCUUACCUGAGAUUGACUGACUCAUUUUAGUGUUUUAGCCUUCGAAAGUUUUAUCAUUCAAGGUUCGCAAAUGGCAGCCAUUGACACAGCUCUUGUGGUUCCUUCUUCGCCUACGCCGUCUUCGUCGUCGUCCCCUGUGAUUCUAACCCAAGAUGAGCUCAAGAAAAUCGCCGCCUACAAGGCCGUCGAGUACGUCGAGUCCGGCAUGGUCCUGGGUCUCGGAACCGGCUCAACAGCGAAGCACGCGGUGGCCCGAAUCGGCGAGCUUCUAAAACAGGGCAAGCUCGAGAACAUCAUAGGAAUACCUACAUCGAAGAUGACUCAGGAGCAAGCCGUGUCUGUCGGAAUCCCACUAUCAGAUCUCGACUCUCACCCCAUCGUCGACCUCGCCAUCGACGGCGCCGACGAAGUCGACCCGGAUUUGAAUCUAGUAAAAGGCCGAGGCGGGUCGCUUCUGAGAGAGAAAAUGAUAGAGGGAGCUUGUAAGAAAUUCAUCGUCAUCGUCGACGAGACCAAACAAGUGAAGUAUCUGGGAGGUAGUGGAUUGGCCGUGCCAGUGGAAAUCGUACCAUUUUGCUGGAAAUUCACUGCUUCGAGGCUUCAAAAAAUGUUUGAGGAUUCAGGUUGUGAGGCAAAGCUGAGAACUUCUGGGGAAAACGAAAAACCCUUCGUGACUGAUAAUGGGAAUUACAUCGUGGAUUUGUAUUUCAAGAGAAGUAUUGGAGAUUUGAAGGCUGCAAGUGACGCAAUCCUGCGACUUGCUGGAGUUGCAGAGCAUGGAAUGUUUCUGGACAUGGCAACAACGGUGAUCGUAGCAGGUGAACUAGGUGUCACAGUGAAGAACAAGAAGAUUUAAUCAGAGCAUUAAUACACAAGAGCCUUACAAUUUUCAGAUUUCAUUAACUUAACUUCACAUUUUGUUGUGUCAUGGUAUUUUGUACUAGUUGUACUGUGUUGAGAGAGCGAAGCUGGAGCCUGAGGGUAAUUAAAUUAAAGUAUUAAACAUCUAACGCAAUAUAUGUCAUAGCAUUAAAUAAAUGUCUUGAUAGUGAUUCACUGGGGAGAGGCUAUCUGAUCUUCUAGUUUGUAAGAGGCAGGAGACACCGUCUACGGUAUAGGACGUUGUUUUUUUUCCCCUAAUAUCCAAAAUAUAAAUAAUUUUGUAUUUGUAAGUUUUUCUUUUCACA